AACUCAAUACGACUAAAGAAGGGCGUGUGUGAGUCGGUGUGCGCAGCGACAUCUGGACCGCACGCACACACGCACACUCGCGAUAAGUGUUAAGAAAACUGGACUCAGCUGGAUCAAUGAGACCAAAGAGCUUUAUGAUAGCAAGUGAAAUGCAAAAAUGUGAUCUCGGCCUGUUGCUCCGCUGGGAAGGAGAGCGACAGUUGCCGCUGCGCAUAUGACAGACUACAUGAAGGCGCUCCCGGUGAUCAUCGUCCAACCCGCAUGCCUCAGAGACCACAGAGCGAAAGGAGUCCAGUUCCAGUUGACCUGUAACCUGUGCAGAGAGAGCCACAAAACUCAGGUCUGGCUUUGUUUCUUAGUUCUGAGCUUCUUGAGUAUACAUACAUGUGUUGCUGCUGUGCCAGGUACAGCAGAAGUACUUUUAUGCUUGGAAGGGGUGAAACAAGAAAUUCAGAAAUCUGACGCUAUGCUGUAUGCUCCGUCCGCUUCGUCUGCUGAUGAUAAAGUAAAAGCUAAAUGUAAAGAGGUGUGGCUCAGAUGUUACAUGUUGGAGUUGAAAAUGGUCCUCGAUGAAGAACGUAUUGCGAAUAGAAACGCAGAUUGCAUCCUUGAUUUCUAUGAAAAACUUUCUAAUAACACUGUUGGCUGUCCACCAUGUGAAGCAUACGCACUUAAAAAUAUUACAGUAUUCCUGGAAAGACUAAAUAACCUUUUCCAAGAAAUAAAUACUAACACGUAAAAGGAUGUAAAUACAAUAAGCUAUGAAUGUGUAUUUGUAUGUAUAUCUGUAAAUAAUUGUGGCUAAUAUGGUUUUUAUUUUUUAAAUAUAACUUUUUAACUAUGUGACAACCUGUGAUAAACUAUGCCAUCCUGUAUUUUAUAAUGUAGACAGACCACACUAAAUCUGAUGUGUAAAGUUGAAAUGUUUAAGAUGGCAGUGCAUCUCUCAUCUGUCUGUACAUAUUAUGUCCUCAAGUCACUGUGUCAAAAUUAGCUUUUCACCUGUACAGUUCUGAAAAACCUAUCAGGCGGGAGACAGAGCACAGUAGCAGCAUGUAUUGUACUGUAUGUACAAAAUGUAUAUUAUUAAGCUCAUUACUGAAUGUAAUACUUAUUAUACCCGAUGUGCCUGAUGAACUCCAGUAUCUUGAGAAGAGUAAAUAAUGUCCCAAGUGUA